UUUACAAUUAUGAAUGUGCUCAGAGUUUUGAGAUUGUUAAUACAUUGUUUACUUGUCGCGCACAUAGCGAGCAGUAAAGACUGAUGAACCGCUGUAUGUAUGUUAUCUAAUAAUAUUUUCAAAAUGUAUGAUCAAUAAUUCAACCAUUUAAAACCUAAUAAUUAUAACAAAAUUUAUUUUAUUUUAUACAUAUUUUAUACGAGUAUCAAAAUUAUAAAAUUUAAAAUUAUAUUAUAAGUCUAUGGGUGGUAUUAAUUUAUUAUGAAAUAAUAUAUUUUGUAAUAAUUAACAAAUAUUGAUGUAAAACAAGUGGAACAAAUUAUUUCUCAAAACAUGGAUUCCCAACAAAAACGUGCACCCACCGUCGGCGCCCGUCACCUGCAAAGCUUGCUACUGUUCCUGUGCGUGUUCUGCGGCUACCUGCUCCGAGUGAACCUGUCCGUGACCAUAGUGGCUAUGAACCCCGAGAUAAACUCGACGGACUACUACACGGAGUUGCAGCACCACGUGCCGAUAUUCGGGUGGCGCACGUCCACGCGGUCGGUGCUGCUCAGCUCGUUCUUUGUCGGCUACCUGUUGGCUAACCUGCCCGCGUCCGUGCUCGGGUGCCGGUUCGACAACAAGAGGCUGCUGGCCUACAGCAUGUCGGUCUCGUCGUUGCUGUCCGUGAUCACGCCGCCUGCGGUCACGGCGUUCGGUGCGGCCGCCAUGGUGGCCAUCCGGUUCACGCAAGGCCUAUUCUCCGCGUUCAUGUUCCCCAUGGUGCACGGCAUAAUGGCCAAAUGGUCGCCGCCGCACGAGCGCAGCCGGCUCGUCGGCUUCAUCAUCAGCGGCAUACAGCUGGGCACCAUGGCCACGCUCGCGCUGUCCGGCAUGCUGUCCAGCAGCGAUCUGGGUUGGCCGGCCGUGUACUACGUGAGCGGUGCCAUCGGGCUCGCGUGGACGGUCGUCUGGCUACUGCUGGGCGCCGGCACGCUGGACACGCACCCGUUCAUCGGCCAACCCGAGGCGGACUACAUACGAGCGUCGUUGUCCAACACCGUCGACCACGAUCUGAAAUUUUCAGAUAUUCCAUGGAAAUCUAUAUUCACAUCAAUGCCAGUAUGGGCCACAUCAGUAGCACACGUUGGCCACAACAUGGGUUUUUGGCUAUUGCUCACGGAGAUGCCAACUUUCAUCCAUACAGUGCUCAAGUUUAAUCUUAAGGAAGAUGGUAUUCUAUCAUCGUUGCCUUAUUUGUUCAUGUUCCUAUUACAGCUGCCGGUUGCUUUUUUGUCUGACUUAUUGAACAAACGAAAAGUGACUUCGCUAACCGUGUCUAGGAAAAUGUGGAACACAAUAUCUAUGUGGGGAGGCGCUGUCGGUCUUGUUAUACUUGGUUUCGUAGAAGACGCUAAAUAUACCAUUGCGCUCUAUGUGUUCAUAGUAGCUAUAGGUUGUACGUCUAAUGUCGGGUUCAAUAUAAACCACUUGGAUCUAUCACCCAACUACGCAGGGCUUUUAAUGGGAAUCACCAACACGCUCGCAUCAUCUGGAGGAGUUAUCGCUCCUUUGUUCGUUGGACUCCUUGUUGACGACCCGACUUCAAUUGAGGAAUGGCGUACAGUAUUCAACAGUGGAGCAGUAGUAAUGUUUGUAUGCAAUUUGUUUUUUAUAAUAUUUGGUUCAGCUGAAACUCAGCCAUGGAAUUCAUUACAUAAAGAUACUCCAAAAACAAAUAAACAAGACAUUGAAAUUAUCGGAUAGAAUGUAUGCGAUGUACGUGUGAUUGCAAUUCAA